GAGAACUGUUGGCCAUUUUAAUUAUUUGAUGCUAGAUCGAGCCGCCACCUCCUUGGACUAUUAGCGAAACCCAAGUACACCUCUCCUCUACUUGCACAUGCCAAUAUUAAUUUCUAUAAAUACCAAAGAGUCUUCCACAUACUCCACCACUCAAUAAUUAACUCACCCAAUCAAACAUGUCUUCCAACUCUGUCCACCUCCUUCUCUUAACCUCUCUCCUUCUACUAAUUAUCUCUCCCACCAUAUCCCAAAAAAUAUCAUUCCGACCCAAAGCACUUGUUCUCCCAGUCACCAAAGACACCGCCACUCACCAAUACAUUGCCCACAUCACGCAAAGGACCCCACCAGUUCAGAUCAAAGUAGCCAUUGAUCUCGGCGGCGAAUUCCUUUGGGUGGAUUGCGAAAAGGGUUUCAACUCCUCAACCAAAAAGCCCGUACCAUGCAGAUCAGCUCAAUGCAACCUUGCCAAGUCCAAGUCUUGCUCAACAAACGGUAACCUAUCAGAAGAUGUAUGCGGUGAGUUUCCUCACAACCCUUUUACUAGCACAAGUACAAGUGGUGAUCUUUCCCAAGACAUCAUCUAUAUCCAAUCAACCAACGGCUCAACCCCUGGGAAAGUGGUUUCGGUACCCAAGUUUCUCUUCACUUGUGCUCCUACUUUCAUCUUAGAAGGCCUCUCUAAUGGCACCGUCGGUGUUGCCGGCCUCGGAAGGAACACAAUCGCUCUUCCUUCUUUGUUCUCCGCUGCUUUCAGCUUUCCAAAAAAGAUGGCGGUUUGCUUGUCACCCACAAACGGCGUCGUUUUCUUCGGAAAUGGACCAUACGAGUUGUCUCCUGGAAUUGACGUUUCCAAGUCUUUAACAUACACUCCGCUAAUCCUCAACCCUGUAAAUCUGAUAGGAGGUUUCCAAGGCGAGUCAUCAUCAGAGUACUUCAUCGGAGUGAAGUCAAUUAAGGUUGACGGAAAGCCAGUACCGGUUAAUACUUCUUUGCUAUCUAUUGAUGCAAAUGGCGAUGGCGGAACUAAGAUCAGCAGCGUUGUUCCGUACACAAGUUUGGAAACUUCCAUAUACAAUUCAGUAGUGAAUGCGUUUGUUAAUGCGCUUGCUCAGCGUAACAUCCGUAAGGUUGCGGCAGUGGCGCCUUUUAGCGCUUGCUUUAACACCAAGGACAUUGGGUUCAGCCAAGGUGGGCCGAUUGUUCCUCCGAUUGAUUUUGUGUUGCAGAGUGAGAAAGUGGUGUGGAGAGUUAGUGGUGCCAAUUCUAUGGUUAGGGUUAGUAAUGAUGUGUUGUGCCUUGGAUUCGUUGAUGGUGGUCCACUUCAUUUCGUUGACUGGGGUAUUAAGUUUACCCCAACUGCUAUUGUUAUUGGAGGGCGUCAAAUUGAGGAUAUUCUUCUACAGUUUGAUUUGGCUUCUUCAAGACUUGGUUUCACCUCUUCCCUUUUGUCUAGAAAGCUUUCUUGCUCCACCUUUGAUUUCAAAUCCAGCACUAAUUAGAAAAGAGAAUAUAGAUAUUGUCUUUUUUUUGGUGAUAAAAAUUAAGCUCCCUCUCUUGCUGCUUUUGUACUAUCGCUAUAUCUUGUAAUUGUUAUAUGCAUGUUUUCUUAAUUUGUAAUUUUGUUAUAAUAUAAAUAUCGAGAUUAAAAUGGUUUGAAAUUCUCUAAUAGUUUGUGUAAUUAAUUGUAUUUUAAUUUAACUAUCUAUUGAAUAAUUAUCACG